UUUCUUGCACCAACUACAUUUUCAAUCACAUAUAAGUUUCCGACGACUUUUGCGCUUGUAAACUUGAAAAAUGGCAAGGAUGGCAACGAUGGUCUUUUGUGUAGUGGUAACUUGCAUGGUGGUGGCUGCACCCUAUGCAGAGGCUGCUAUUACCUGUGGUCAGGUGGUAAGUAGCUUAUCUCAAUGCGCUAGCUACCUAAGAAAUGGUGGUGCUGUGCCACCGGCAUGUUGCAGUGGGGUUAAAUCACUCAAUAGCGCUGCAAGAACAACUCCUGAUCGUCAGACUGUUUGUGGCUGUUUAAAGAGGGCUUCUGGUGGCGUCAAUGCUAGCAACGCUGCUAGCCUCCCCGGCAAGUGUGGUGUCAACAUCCCUUACAAGAUCAGUCCUAGCACUGAUUGUUCCAAGGUGCAGUAAGGUGAUUUUAAUGCAUGUUCCGAAGAUUAGAAGCAUAUAUAAAAUACAAUAAAUAUCGAGAGCACUAUUUUGAUUGAAAAAGACAUAUAUUACCGCAUAUGGUUAUGCAUGAUUUGUACGGUAUUUUGACUGGUGCCUAUGCAUGUAAUAUUUGUAUGUCAUCGUCUUAUUUAUGUACCUUCCUCUACUUACUUUUAAUAUAUCAGUAUUGUCUUUUUCUUUAA